AUGGUGGUCGGUCGCCUUACUCACUACGCUUUUGACGCGGUACUCGUCUCCGCCUUCCUAGCCGGCGUCAAGCGCUCAACUGGACUCACUCUCAGCUCCGACAAGGUCACCGAUAACAAGGACUUCAAGAAGUGGAUCGACAACUACCUUGGUGUUGGCGAAUGGGUGAUGGAUCAAUCGAUCGCGGUGCUCAGCUCGACGAGCUACUUUGAGAGGAAGCGGUGA